AAGAAUUCCUACGCAUGCGCAUGUUGUACUUCCUUUACACGCCAUUUUUCAAUAUUUUUAACAAAAUGUAAAUUUUCCCAAUAUUUUACUUAUCUACAGCACAAUAAGCAAUUUUAAAGAGAUUAUAACAUUGUUCCAUCAUGCCUCAGAACGAGCAUAUUGAGCUACACAGGAAGCGUCAUGGAUAUCGUCUGGAUUACCAUGAACGUAAGCGUAAGAAGGAAGGAAGACAGCCUCACGAAAUCGCCAAAAAGGCUAAAAAACUCAGGGGUCUCAAGGCUAAAAUGUACAAUAAGCAGCGCCAUUCAGAGAAAGUACAGAUGAAGAAAACAAUAAAAAUGCACGAAGAGCGUAAAACUAAACAAAAGGCAGAUGACGCUGUUCCUGAAGGAGCAGUGCCAACAUAUUUAUUGGACAGAGAAGGACAAUCUCGAGCUAAAGUGCUCUCAAAUAUGAUUAAACAAAAAAGGAAAGAAAAAGCGGGAAAAUGGGAUGUACCACUACCAAAGGUGAAAGGAGUUAGUGAAGCUGAAGUGUUUAGAGUAGUAAAAACAGGAAAAACUAAAAGGAAGGCAUGGAAAAGAAUGGUUACCAAGGCAACAUAUGUUGGAGAAGCAUUCACUCGGAAACCUCCAAAAUAUGAAAGAUUUAUUAGACCAAUGGCUUUAAGAAUGAAGAAGGCACAUGUGACACAUCCAGAGUUAAAGGCUACAUUCUGUCUGCCAAUCAUAGGUGUAAAGAAGAAUCCAAGUUCCCCUAUGUACACAUCUCUGGGGGUCAUCACCAAGGGAACAGUAAUAGAGGUUAACAUUAGUGAACUCGGACUUGUUACUCAAGGUGGAAAAGUUAUAUGGGGUAAAUAUGCUCAGGUGACAAAUCAUCCGGAAAAUGAUGGAUGCAUCAACGCUGUUCUGUUGGUAUAGCAACAGUUGUUCUAGAAACGGUUGUGUAUGUUUACAGUUGAACCAUAGUAAAAGGACUAAAUAAAAAUAAACUCAAGAACGAACUAUUAUUGCAGGCCAACAAAGGUUUUGUAAUAGAAAUGUUAAAAUAUUGUGAAAUGGCAAACCUCAGAUGUGAGAACAUCUUGAAAUUAAGUACUUCAACACAUCUCAAUGUACAUCAGAGUAUAUUUGAUGCACAAAUAUGAAGCUUGUUACAAGCAUUGUAUUAUCAUCAUUAUGGUGUAGUCUAAACAAGUCUACAUCAAAUAAAAAAAAUUGUAAAACACUUAAAAAGUUUGUUUUUGAAUUGUACCCUUUGUUUAAUCCUUUAUGAAAUUGGUAUUUCAGCAUGAAUAUUAAAUAUGACAAAAAUAAAUAUGACCAUGAUAUUUGCCAACGAAUUGGGAUGAAUGAAACAUAUUCCUCAGAACUGUUUUGUAUUAUUCACUUCAUUGAACUAGAGGUAAUUCUCGGAUAGAUGAGUUAUAUAUUUGUAUUAUGAACACUGUACAAUCUAUGAGUCCAGGUCGU